CCACCAACCCGGAACCCCGCCUCCCCACUGUGCCCGCUCUUCCGUCAUAGGCCUGCUCGUGAUUGGCUGCUCAGACUAUUCGCCUCCUUUGGGAAGUUGCGUCACGCAGUGCGCCUGCGGGACUGCACGCGCAGAGGCACAUUUCAGAUCUGCUUGGUAAACCUGGUGUACCACCAUGCUGGCCGCAAGGCUUGUGUGUCUCCGGACACUACCUUCCAGGGUUUUCCACCCAACUUUCACCAAGGCCUCUCCUGUUGUGAAGAAUUCCAUCACGAAGAAUCAAUGGCUCUUAACACCCAGCAGGGAAUAUGCCACCAAGACAAGAAUUGGGAUCCGGCGUGGAAAAACUGGCCAAGAACUCAAAGAGGCAGCAUUGGAACCAUCAAUGGAAAAAAUAUUUAAAAUUGAUCAAAUGGGAAGAUGGUUUGUUGCUGGAGGGGCAGCUGUUGGUCUUGGAGCAUUGUGCUACUAUGGCUUGGGAAUGUCUAAUGAGAUUGGAGCUAUUGAAAAGGCUGUAAUUUGGCCUCAGUAUGUGAAGGAUAGAAUUCAUUCUACCUAUAUGUACUUAGCAGGAAGUAUUGGUUUAACAGCUUUGUCUGCCUUGGCAGUAAGCAGAACUCCUGUUCUCAUGAACUUCAUGAUGAGAGGCUCCUGGGUGACAAUUGGUGCAACCUUUGCAGCCAUGAUUGGAGCUGGAAUGUUGGUACACUCAAUACCAUAUGAACAGAGCCCAGGCCCAAAGCAUCUUGCUUGGUUGCUGCAUUCUGGCGUGAUGGGUGCAGUUGUGGCUCCUCUGACAAUACUAGGAGGGCCUCUUCUCAUCAGAGCCGCGUGGUAUACAGCCGGCAUUGUGGGAGGCCUCUCCACUGUGGCCAUGUGCGCACCGAGUGAGAAGUUUAUGAACAUGGGAGCACCCCUGGGAGUGGGCCUGGGCCUUGUCUUUGUGUCUUCACUGGGAUCUAUGUUUCUUCCACCUACCACUGUGGCCGGUGCCACUCUGUACUCAGUGGCAGUGUAUGGUGGAUUAGUUCUUUUCAGCAUGUUCCUCCUGUAUGAUACCCAGAAAGUAAUCAGGCGGGCAGAAAUAACACCAAUGUAUGGAGUUCAAAAAUAUGAUCCCAUCAACUCGAUGCUGGGAAUCUACAUGGAUACAUUAAAUAUAUUUAUGCGAGUUGCAACUAUGCUAGCAACUGGAAGCAACAGAAAGAAAUGAAGUGACUCAGCUCCUGGCUUCUCUCCUGCAUCAGAUAUCUUGCUUGUUUGAUAGGGCAGAUAUUCAUUAAAUAGUUUGUACAAGCAGCUUUUGUUGAAGCUUAGAAGAUAAGAACAUGUCAACAUGUUUUAAAAUGUUCCAGUAAUGUAAUGCCUCAGGUCUGCUUUUCCUUCUGGAGAAUAAAUUCAGCAGUACUCUUCCAAAUAAGCACA